GCAAGGUCAGGCAACAGAAGCAGCAGCAGCAGCGAUCGUUUUUUUUGUGCUUUGUAUAAAAGCAAACACAUUAUCUCGUCCAGCAGUUUGGAAGCCUAAGUAACAACACACCGUGUGUACUUUCGUUGCUCUUAGACGACGAGCAAGAGCCCAAAGUGUUAGAUUUUUCACUCACUCACGGCAUUUAGACUGAUUUUAGUGAACUCUUCUACCAAUUCUCUCGUGGACUAAUUGUUGCCGACGCCGUAGACCAGCACCAAUUUCUUGAGAUUGAAUGAUUUUUACCUUAAGUUAUAUUAGCAAGCAAGCACUCAAAUCUGUGAUACUACUUUAGUAUACGCGUAGUCGAAACUGGCUCUCGCAGAUUGUUGAUUGUAGGUAUCGUUACUAAUGAUCGAAGUAUCAAUUUGUAUAUAGUAUCUUUUAAUUUUGUUAUAAUUAUUUGCUAUAACUAUAUAUAUAUAUACACAUACACAUAUGUAUACUUUAAAAAACAAAUAUCAGUUAUUGUUUGAUGAACAUCAAGUAAUUCAAGCAGAGAAUAUAUAACUACAAACAGACAAAAUGUGCUUGGUAUAACAAUCUUGUUUUGGAUUAUUAACGAAUUUACAGAGAGUUACAUGGACACGUGUCCAAAUUUACUGCCUCAACUGGAAGUUGAAUUCGUUUUUUAUUUCAAAGUUAGUUUAACAGAUAAAGUUAACUUUUUGCUUCAUCUCCCAGGGCGGCAUAGGUAGACAACGUAAAGCCGGAGAAAGAAAGAAGAGAAACUGAAUUAGUUCAUAGCUACCAACAUUUUUACACGAGAACUUCAGAUUCUAUUUAUUAUUUAAAAUAAUUCAUAACAAAUUGAAAAUCUAAAGUUUGGAGUGUUGACUGGUUCCUUGUAUUUGGGACCUUCUCUCUAAGAAUGGCGACCACAACAUACUCUUUGGACAAAGUAGCCACUGGUAGUAGCAAUUCUAGUAGUUCCCAGCAUCGUUCCCCUGCUGCUCGUUCAGCUACAUCCCCUUCAUCAUCAGCUCAUAACCGAUCGGUAAAUUUCAACACACAGCGAGAGGCGAUUAAAGAACAAAAAAAGAAAUACUUGACCGCCAAGUAUGGUCAGCAUCAAAUGUCUUUGAUUAGGAAACGUUUAAAAGUUGAAGAUUGGCUUGACGAAAGAUUACGGUUCUUGUACGGUUGCAAGGAUGAUUCUGAAGAAUAUGACUCAAAGUUAGAUUUAGAAGAAUUAUUAAAUUUAGAAACAGACAGUGAAAGAAGAUGUUAUGCAAUGAAAAUGCUGGAAAAUCCCAAGCAACCUCCCGCUGUUGUGGAGGAAUUUGUUGUUCAGUUAUUGAAGCAAGCUAGUACACUGUAAUAGUGUGGUUUACCAGUGGCACUGUAACAGUUAUGAUUAUGAAGUCCUGUAACAGUGUAUGUAGCACCAGUGGUAACAGCAAUAAAGUUUUUGGUGUACACACAUGCUUACACACAUGCAUACAUACACACAUACACAUAAUAUAUAUACAUACCAAAUUGGCAUGUGUAUGGUAGGGGAUUGUAUAGCCAAUUUAUUUCCAGGGGCUUUUUGUAUAUGGUGUACAAGCUAUAUAUGCAACAAGUUUGACACCCUGCAGUAUUAUUCUUAGAUGUAGUUGCAGCUCCCUAAUUGGUGACCCACUCCUACUACCCAUUUCAAGUUGUUAUCUUUCCUUAUUUGUCUUUUAAUAACAUCCAUACCUCUUUGAAAUUAACACACCUUGCUCUCUUUUUCUCUGAGUGGAUGAGUGAAGAAGGCAUCUCUCUAUGGAGAUUGGGACAACAGAAGGAAUACAUGCAUUACAUAUAUGCUUGUGUGUAAAUGUAUUUGGGGGUAUAUCAGGGUGGUGAGAUGGAGCAUUUGGUCACUAGCAAGAGUUAGGUUUUAUUUUUUAAAAUUAGACUGUAUUUUGUAGUUCUUCCCCGCAAAAACAUACCAAGGUUAUACCAAAAAGAAAAUUCUUGUAUAUGUUCUGAUGACUUCUUUAUAUUUAAAACAAAUCCACUGCCCCCCCCCCCCCCAAAAAAAAACAAAAUCAACAAAUAUGAAACAAUGUACCAUACAUUUUGAGGUGAAAAAAUGUAUUCUGUAACUAAGCUUCUGUCUCUUAUGCUCUUAUAGAUCUCUCAGUUCUAAUGUUGUGGAUUAUUGAGAACACAUAUGAAUUUAAAUGUUGAAGAAGAAAUGAAUUUCCUCAAAGUGUUAAUAAAAUAACAUUAAAUAAA